AAUAACCAAAGUCGAUCGACGCCAUACCUUGGACAAGCAUCUUCGACCAUGAAGAGAAUCCACGGAGCCCAUAGCCGUCCGGGAACGAAGCCUCUGUCGAUGGAUACUACGCUCGACGAUGCCGAUGUCUACACGGUCUCGUCGAAUGUCGAUCCCGCUUUUUCCUUGUCCUCGUCGGUGCCCCAAACGCGGACCCUUGACUCCACGAGAUCAGAGCGGAUUGGUAGGAGCCGGAAACAACCAUCGGCUUCAAUGACUCAGGGAAGGAAACCUCUGUCGAUGGAUACUACGCUCGAUGAUGCCGAUGUCUACACGGUCUCGUCGAAUGUCGAUCCCGCUUUUUCCUUGUCCUCGUCGGUGCCCCAAACGCGGACCCUUGACUCCACGAGAUCAGAGCGGAUUGGCAGGAGCCGGAAACAACCAUCGACUUCAAUGACUCAGAUAAAAUGUAAAGCAAGCUUUGAAAGACAGUACGAUCUUACUCCGCUUGGUCUUACAACGGAUGCCGGAGCUUCCUCUAGAUUUUCCCUCGAUCCGUGGGAGAACGAUUCGGAAAGCAAAAAAAUGGUAAAAGAACAGACUAGCACAUCCAAUCGAUCGAACCAGUUACAGAGGAAGGCGAGCGAUACCUCUCCAUCUAGUGACGAUACCGAAGAAAUUCAUUUCGUGGACGAAUCGCCAAGUGUGAUGAGCACCUAUCUAGAUCCUGAAGAGAUUCAUCUGAGUAUGGAAGAUAGAGAAGAGGAAAUCGCUCAGUUGCGGCUUUUGGCCGGAAAGCUGUCGGCGGAUUGGAGAGCUCAGGACUUUGUGGCCCCGGCUCUGGCUAGGCGAAUGAGAGAUUUCCAUUUCGCUCAGGAAAAGCGGCGCAAGAAGUACGGGGACGAAAGGCCUUGGGGAAUCCUCGGGUUGUACGAUCAUCUUUCCGCAAUUCGCAUUGAUGUACAGUGGGCCGAAGAUGCAGCUUGGAGACGGGCCAAUGGAGAACCUUACCUUUCCUGGGCGGACUUUGACGAGAGCAAAAAAGGUGGAAAGAAUCGACCCUACUUUACCUACGUUCUUUUGUUCGUCUGCACUGCCAACAUGAUUGCGUCUAUUGCGGCGAAUGAUUGGACUGUGGAAUCUUUGGACGAGAAUCCCAUGAUUGGGCCCAGUGCUGCGACGCUCAUUCGAAUGGGUGCGAAAGACUCCUACUUGAUUGUACACGCCGGCGAAGGGUGGCGUUUGUUAACCUCCACGAUUCUCCACGCGGGUUUAGUUCACUAUUUCAUCAAUAUGCUAGCCUUAUGGUUUGUCGGUGGAGCUAUCGAAAUGAGCCACGGGUGGAUCUCGGCCAUGAUCAUCUUCAGCAGCUCCGCCAUUGGAGGGAUUAUCCUUUCCGCAAUUUUUCUCCCGGAAUUCAUUACCGUAGGUGCCAGCGGAGGAAUCUUUGGUUUCAUUGGGGCUUGCCUUGCCGACAUUAUCAUGAACUGGAAGCUUCUCUUUGAUGGGCUUCUCGAUGAGAACGGAAAAAAACAUCAGCACACUAUGGUCGUUGUCGUGUUGCUCUUCGAUAUAGCAUUGAAUUCAAUCAUUGGGUUGACGCCUUAUGUGGACAACUUUACUCAUUUGGGAGGAAUGGCCUAUGGCUUUCUCUGUGGGCUCUCUACCAUCGAACGGCUGUCCAAAGAUUUUUUUGGCUUAGAGGAGUCUUGGAUGGUUCGAGCCAAGAACUUUUGCGUGCGCUUUUUUGGAAUUAUCGUUACUGUCGUUUUUAUUUGCGUAACUGCAAUUAUUUUGAUGGGAGGCGAUGGCGUAACAACUCCCUGUACAAAUUGUAGUUGGCUCUCCUGUGUCCCUUUUCCUCCGUGGCAGAGUCAAAGUAAUAAAUGGUGGUACUGUGAUGAUUGCGGCCGUAUCACGGCCGAAAUUAUUUCUGAGCCCUAUUUACACCUAGAACUCGACUGCCCGGGCGGUACAAUUGGUUUCGUCAACGUAACAAGCGAUCAGUUGGACAGAGGCAAACUGGAACAAAGUCUUCCUUCCUACUGCCGUCAGUAUUGUCCCAUCAAAGAGCUUUGA